AUGUCAGCUCCUGUCGCCACUUCCGAUCCAAAUUCGGCAGCUUAUCAGCAGUACGAUCCCGCUGCCAUAGCUCAAUUUCAACAAGCGUGGCAACAGUAUUAUGCUGUGAUGGGUCAAAAUGCUAAUGUUACCCAGUCAGGUACAACCGCAGUAGCGCAGCAGCCUGGUGCCACUGCGUCAACUACUCCAGCUGAUCCUGGAGCGACUCAGUAUUCCGGUUAUUUUGCUCAAAGUUCUGGUCCGGCUGGUCCAGGAAAUGGGCCUUCAGGGGCAAAUAGUGGCCCUUCGGGGGGAUUCGGCACUAACUCAAACUCGAGCUAUGGAGGCCCACAGGGUCCUGGCAGGGGAUCUGGUGGGCCAAGUCAGCAUGGAGGUGAUAACAAGGGUGGAUAUCAGAAUGACGGCGGAUAUCAAAAUGAGCGGGGUGGACGUGGAGGUUACCCAGGCGAUCGUAGGUUUUUUUUUUCAAACACCUCACUUUUAGGUGAUCGCUAUUCAAAUAGGGAUGAUCGUAGUAGAGAUCGAGGUGAUCGUGACCGGGAUAGCUACGGAGGUAGAGGGGACAGAGACCGUGAUUAUCCAAGUAGAGGUACAGUCUUUUUAUUGUAUUUUAGUGGAGAACAUAAGCAUAGUUUUUAUCGAAAGGUUAUAGACAGAGGAGCACGUGAAGAUCGCGGACGUGAUCGUCCAAGCCGCUGGGGAGAUGAUCGUGAAAGGGGGCCGCCAGGUGGAGGAGAUGGAUUUCGCGGAGGACCGGGCAGCGGCGGCCCGGGCGCUCGUGGAGGCUUUCAAGACCGGGGACCGCCACGUGGAUUUGGAGGGCCAAGGGAUGAUCAGGUUGAAGUCCGCGAGACAGUAUUUGUGCAGGGGAUCCCCACAAACGUUAAUGAGCAGUUCAUUCACGAUGUUUUUUGCACGCAAGGUGAUAUAGCCCGUAAUGAACGGACUGGUGAGCCGAGGAUAAAGAUAUAUACAGACAGGGACACCAAUCAGCCAAAAGGCGAAUGUACAAUUACGUUUGUUGAUGCUAAAACAGCGGAAGAUGUCAUUAGGACUUAUAAUGGCGCACAAUUCCCUGGUAGUGACCAGAGGAUGACGUUGAGUUUUGCAAAAUAUAAAACUGAUGGUGGUCAGCGUGGUGGUGGUAGCGCUGGUGGUCGUGGAGGACGAGGUGGAUUUGACCGGGGUAAUAGA